UUACCAGUUAUUUAUUAUGUAGUGAUAACAGAGUUGCCUAGUGUUUUCAAAAUGUCAUGUGUUUUAGAUUUGAUGAGAGUGUAACUAUAGUAAGCUGAAAAUGUAAAACUUCCUGUUUGGUGUUGAAUAUUAUGAGUUUGAUAUCGGGUUUCCCAAAGUGUGGUACUCACACCACUGAGGGAAAUAUGCGUUGCUUACUUAACAACUGUUUUGCAGGUACCAUGAGAUAAAUGAGGUUAAGAGGAUGCCACACAACCAGUGAAUGACAGUGAAGAUUCAUCCUGAAGUCUGUCUGAUUCCAAAGCCUGACACAAGGCAGCUUAAGCAAAAAGGAAUUUCUUGGCUUCGUGCUUAAAACAUCCAUGGUUAGAUCUAGAUUCUGGUGCUGCUGGAAUCAGAUCUGAGCUGCUGCCCACCCCUCAGUUCCACUUUCUGCUGCGUUGGUUUUGUUCUUAACAGCUCCAGGCUCACAGUGUCAUAAUACCAAAUCCAGUAGAGAAGAAUCUGUAUCCUUUAUGAUGCAAGUAAAAUUCUUGGAAUUGAAUUUUUGGUCUUAGUUGUCCUAACUUGAAUCAUGUGCUUAUCUCUGAAUCAGUCACUGGAGAUUAGAAUGUAAUGUUGGCCUAGUCCAGGUCUGUGUUCUACUCCUGGAAUGUGGGGCUAAAGUCAGCUUGCUCUAAGCCUGUGGACUGAGAACAGCAGAGGUGGGGGUCGUUCCAAGAUUUGUUGCUAUAAGCAGGGGGAAUCUGUAUUGGGUGGCAAAAAUCAACAGAUUCUCUCUAAAUCUUGGGUGAAUGAACAUUUUUAACCUGAAUUGCAGUGGAAUGUGAACCAUGACACUGAUGGCAUUCUCUGACCAAUGUUUAGUGAUAGCUAACAAUGCUGAAUCCUUCAGUUGGGAACCUGUGCUUUUUAAGGAAUUGAGAAGGAAAAGUGUUGAGGAAAAGCAAUUCAAUAGCAGCGGAAGUGGGGAACAUUUAAAGGUGACCAGAAAUGGAGAGAAAAGUAAGCAGAAUCUGUCUUGCUUCUGAACCUGACAUGAUUCAUUUUCUACAAAUUGCUUGGGAGAAAACACUAGGAUCUGGUUUCGUUGUUACACUUACUGAUGGUCAGUCAGCAUGGACUGGGACAGUUUGUGAAUCAGAGAUUUCCCAAGAAGCUGAUGACAUGGCAAUGGAAAAAGAGAAAUAUGUUGAUGAACUGAGAAAAGCAUUGGUGUCAGGAGCAGGAUCAACCGACGCAUACAAGUUUAAUUUUUCUAAAGAGUCCUGUCAUUUCUCCUUUGAGAAAAACCUGAAAGAUGUUUCAUUCAGACUUGGUUCCUUCAACCUAGAGAAAGUUGUAAGCCCAGGUGAGGUCAUUAGAGAACUUAUUUGUGACUGCCUGGACACCAUCGCAGAAAGCCAAGCCAGAAAUGAGCACCUGCAGAAAGAAAAUGAAAGGCUUCUGAGAGACUGGAAUGACGUUCAAGGACGAUUUGAAAAAUGUGUGAGUGCUAAGGAAGCUGUGGAGACUGAUCUUUAUAAACGGUUUAUUCUGGUGCUGAAUGAGAAGAAAGCAAAGAUCAGAAGCUUACAUAAAUUGUUAAAUGAAGUUCAAGAACUGGAAAAGAACAUCGAGCAUGAAAGGGAAACUACAACAUGUUCUGAAGUGACUGCUGACAGAGACGCAGCCUAUGGUGAAAGUACUGAUGAGGAGAGUGAAAACUUGCCUGAUCCCUCUGGGUUAGCUCCAGCUACUUUAAGAAGAGAUGACUCCAUUAUUUCAAGUCCCGACGUCACUGAUAUUGCACCAAGUAGAAAGAGGAGGCAGCGGAUGCAAAAAAAUCUUGGGACAGAACCUAAAAUGGCUUCUCAGGAGCUUCAGCAUCAAGAAAAGGAAAAGCCAGUGAAAUGCCAUCUGGGCCUACCAAAUUCCAGACAAUGGCUUGAACCUCCAGUACCUGAGACGUUGAGAAAGGAGCACAGCUCAGCUGAAAACAUGUCCUUAGAAACUCUAAGAAACAGUAGUCCAGAAGACCUCUUUGAUAAGAUUUAACUGUCUCGAAAAAGUACUUUGAUGUGCACUAGACUAUGUUUUCUAUUCAUUUCUUUAAACUGAAAAAGCAAAAUUUCAACUCAGCAGCAGCUAUUACUGCACCUUACAAUUUAAUUACAUACACACUGAGUUGAAACCAUUGUGCAGAAUGGAUUACACGUGUGUAUGAAGAUAUGAUUUGAUGACAGUGGUACAUUAUUCUAAACUGUUCAUUCAGCAUGCCUAUAAUUACAUAAAAUCUCAGACUUUUUGUUGCAAAGGACACAUUUAUCUUAUUCAGUUCACACAUAUUAUAUGUGGUAGCUGUCUAACAUCCUAUCUAGGAAGAUUUUGGAAACAGGACAAAGAAAAUGUCUACAGUGCUUUUUUGAAUAGUUAUAUUCUGAACCAUGAUGUUUGAGCAUUUUAAUUUGUGGAAUGACGUAUAAAAUCUAUUUUUAGUUUGUACACGAACAACCUGAAAAUCUGAUGAUAAAAUUUUUGAUUCAUUGAA